AUGAGCAAGACCACGAAAGGUGGUUGGAUAAGAGAGAUUGAGGAGCAACGGCUCUUGGAUGAAAUAGAAGAGCAACGACUGCUUGACGAGCAAGACCACGAAAGGUGGUUGGAUGAACAAGAGGCUCUUAGAGAGAUUGAGGAGCAACGGCUCUUGGAUGAAAUAGAAGAGCAACGACUGCUUGACGAGCAAGACCACGAAAGAGACCACGAGAUGAUUGAGGAGCAACGGCUCUUGGAUGAAAUAGAAGAGCAACGACUGCUUGACGAGCAAGACCACGAAAGGUGGUUGGAUGAACAAGAGGCUCUUAGAGAGAUUGAGGAGCAACGGCUCUUGGAUGAAAUAGAAGAGCAACGACUGCUUGACGAGCAAGACCACGAAAGGUGGUUGGAUGAACAAGAGGCUCUUAGAGAGAUUGAGGAGCAACGGCUCUUGGAUGAAAUAGAAGAGCAACGACUGCUUGAUGAGCAAGACCACGAAAGGUGGUUGGAUGAACAAGAGGAUUUAAGAGAGAUUGAGGAGCAACGGCUCUUGGAUGAAAUAGAAGAGCAACGACUGCUUGACGAGCAAGACCACGAAAGGUGGUUGGAUGAACAAGAGGCUCUUAGAGAGAUUGAGGAGCAACGGCUCUUGGAUGAAAUAGAAGAGCAACGACUGCUUGACGAGCAAGACCACGAAAGGUGGUUGGAUGAACAAGAGGCUCUUAGAGAGAUUGAGGAGCAACGGCUCUUGGAUGAAAUAGAAGAGCAACGACUGCUUGACGAGCAAGACCACGAAAGGUGGUUGGAUGAACAAGAGUAUCUAAGAGAGAUUGAGGAGCAACGGCUCUUGGAUGAAAUAGAAGAGCAACGACUGCUUGACGAGCAAGACCACGAAAGGUGGUUGGAUGAACAAGAGGAUCUAAGAGAGAUUGAGGAGCAACGGCUCUUGGAUGAAAUAGAAGAGCAACGACUGCUUGACGAGCAAGAACACGAAAGGUGGUUGGAUGAACAAGAGGAACUAAGAGAGAUUGAGGAGCAACGACUCUUGGAUGAAAUAGAAGAGCAACGACUGCUGGACGAGCAAGAACACGAAAGGUGGUUGGAUGAACAAGAGGCUCUUAGAGAGAUUGAGGAGCAACGGCUCUUGGAUGAAAUAGAAGAGCAACGACUGCUUGACGAGCAAGACCACGAAAGGUGGUUGGAUGAACAAGAGGCUCUUAGAGAGAUUGAGGAGCAACGGCUCUUGGAUGAAAUAGAAGAGCAACGACUGCUGGACGAGCAAGAACACGAAAGGUGGUUGGAUGAACAAGAGGCUCUUAGAGAGAUUGAGGAGCAACGGCUCUUGGAUGAAAUAGAAGAGCAACGACUGCUUGACGAGCAAGACCACGAAAGGUGGUUGGAUGAACAAGAGGCUCUUAGAGAGAUUGAGGAGCAACGGCUCUUGGAUGAAAUAGAAGAGCAACGACUGCUUGACGAGCAAGAACACGAAAGGUGGUUGGAUGAACAAGAGGAACUAAGAGAGAUUGAGGAGCAACGACUCUUGGAUGAAAUAGAAGAGCAACGACUGCUGGACGAGCAAGAACACGAAAGGUGGUUGGAUGAACAAGAGGCUCUUAGAGAGAUUGAGGAGCAACGGCUCUUGGAUGAAAUAGAAGAGCAACGACUGCUUGACGAGCAAGACCACGAAAGGUGGUUGGAUGAACAAGAGGCUCUUAGAGAGAUUGAGGAGCAACGGCUCUUGGAUGAAAUAGAAGAGCAACGACUGCUUGACGAGCAAGAACACGAAAGGUGGGUGGAUGAACAAGAGGAUCUUAGAAAGAUGAAGGAACAACAAUAUUUAGAUGAUACAGGAAAGCAGAAUCUACUUAAGCAACACGUAGAUGAGAACCAACAGUUAAUAAUUUCAUUCGGAUUAUCUCCUAUAAAAGGAGGUAAUGCCAAUGUAAUUGAUAUGGAAUUGAGUCAAUCCUCUAGAAAACAAGCACUUACAAGAGAUCAAAUUUAUAAUUUUCAAACAACAUCAGUAUCUGUCAUUGAACUCAACUUACAAGUGGAAUAUCUUAAAUUGAUCCAAGAAGAUCAAGAAUGGUGUGAAGAAACUCGUAACAGAAUUUUCUGUAGUGAUAAUGAAUCAAUAAUUUUAGAGGAAAAAUAUGGACAAAAUUUGCUUAAAAAUUCAAAGUCUUUCGAUUGCAAUAAUUGUUUCGUACCUGUAUAAUAUGUACAACAACUCCUCUAUUUCUUCGUACAGCGAGCUUUUUUUUGUUAUAAAUUCUAAACCUAUUUUGUGUUUCUGUGUGUAAUGAACAGAAACUAUCUUUGUAAGUAUACUUAAUGACCAAUAAAUCUUUG